GAAUAUUUCGCAGAAAAGUGAAACGCAGUGAUACGACGAUCUUCACAAACUUGAUAUCGCUCAACUCAACAGCAGACCAGAAGCUGGUUAUUUUCUGACGGUCGACGGUCUACGGUUCAUUUAUAGACAUCAUGGCAGCAUUUCACUUGCUUUUCUGCUUAUUUUCUCCGCUUCUGUUCUCUGUUGUAUCACCAUCUACCCUAGCAUCUGUAACAAUUUCUCCAGAUGAGACUGGAGAGCCGAAUUUAGAGGAUUUGGUGACAGAUUUUCGCAAGGAGUUGGCUGAUUUGAAGGAAAUUAUCGCAUUGCUUCAGAACCGCAUCAUUAAGCCCGAGGAUGGAUCCGAAACUGGGAGACAACAGCAUGCUCAAGACGUACGUGAUUUUGUUGCGAAAUAUUUGCUCCAAAACAGACGUAGCGCCCUCUCCUUGACCAACAGUUCUGCAGCUUCGUCCGAAGACCUGAACAGUUAUCUCCUCACAUAUCAUACGAACCCACCAUCUGGUGGCGCGGUCUAUACGCACUGGGGAAGAGACGACUGUGUCAAUGGAUCCGAACUGGUCUAUACAGGUAUGGCAACGGGUGCCCACUACGCUCACACCGGCGGUGGUGUCAAUUAUCUUUGCCUCCCCCACGAGCCCAUCUACAGUGACAUUGAGACAAGUGCCCACGGGAGUAGAUCCCUGCUUUACUCUGCUGAAUACGAAACAAGCACGGCUCCACACCUGCAGAGCCUCCACGACCAAACACCAUCAUGUGCUGUCUGCCGUGCCCCACCAAACCGCCCCACGAAGCUCUUGUUUCCCGGUCGUAACGAAUGCCCAUCUUCAAAAUGGCGUCUGGAAUACAAGGGGUAUCUCAUGUCGAGUUGUUACACGCAUAAGACCAGGACCGAUUUCGUCUGCAUGGACGAGGAUGGCGAGGCAGUUCCUGGAACGACUGGCAGUCAGGAUGGGGCCCUUUUCUACAUGGUAGAAGCUCGGUGCUCUGCAGGAGGGAUACAGUGUGGCCCAUAUGUGAACGGCUAUGAGCUCACAUGUGCUGUGUGUACCAUUUAAACUAUUCGUCUUAAAUAUGCAACUACAAUAAUAUUUGCUCCUGAUGAUGCAAAGAAAACUGGAACACGCACGAUCAUUAUAGUUUCUAGUCGCAAUACUAUCAACAUUUAAUCGAACCUAUAUUGAAAAUGUAAUAGAACAAAGCGGCAGCCGGAGCAUGUGCGUGCGCGCGUGUGUGUGUGUGUUUAUGUAGUUCCUAAUUGACUUUAUAGAUCUCUAUCAAUAUUCGUUAACCACGCUCUUAAUAAAAAUAAUGUUGAAGUCUAAAACAUACUCCGGUCUAGCUUAUAGGUUAGUUAUACCCAAUCUGGAAUCAUUAACACUCAACUUCAUUAACAGCAGUGAAUAAAUUCUGAAUAUGACACAGGCUAUAUAGCGUGUAGCCUGAUAAUUCGUGAUACAUUUUUCACAAUGGCGUAGCUACAGGGGUUACGGGGGCAUGCAUGCCGCCCCCUCCACCCCCUCCCCCUCCUCUCCCCGGCCUCCCAUUGACUAGUGACAAGAAAAGAAUGAAAGGGAGAGAGAUCGAUCGAGAGGGGAAUGGCAACGAGAAAAUAAGACACAUAGACCAAGUUAUACAUUGACCCUCUAUUGAGUAGCCUCGUAAAUUCGCAUUUGUCAGUACGACCUGUUUUUGUUGUUAAUCAUUUUUGAUUUAUCCUUUAAUUCUUUUACUCUUUGUACAUUCAACUUACCAUGCCUUCUUUGGAAAUAAAAUGAAUUGAAUUGAA